AUGAAAGCAUCAUUUAUAAUAGGUAUACUAUUUUUUUAUUUAACAUCAUUUUCUAUAGCUAAAAAAGAUUUUUAUCAAAUUUUAGGAGUAGAAAAAUCUGCCAGUAAUAAAGAAAUAAAAUCGGUAUUUCGUCAAUUAACUUUAAAAUAUCAUCCUGAUAAAAAUCCUAAUGAUACUGAAGCUCAUGAUAAAUUUUUAGAAAUUGGUGAAGCUUAUGAAGUAUUAAGUGAUCCCGAGAAAAGACGUAAUUAUGAUCAAUUUGGUGAUCCUAAUGGACAACCACAACCACAAGGUGGUGGAGCACAUUUUGAUUUUGGAGAUAUGUUUGGACAAUUCUUUGGAGGUCAUGGACAUGGACAUGGUCAACAACAACGUCAACAACCAGGGAAACGUAAAGGGGAUUCAGCACAAUUAGGAUUAAAUAUCCCACUUCUGGAUUUUUAUAAUGGGAAAAUUGUGGAAUUUGAUGUUGAAAUGAUGAAUGAUUGUGAAUAUUGUGAUGGAACAGGAUCUAAAGAUAAACAACGUAAAGUAUGUGAUAGAUGUCAAGGAACAGGUCAUAUUACUGUGACUCAUCAAUUAGCUCCUGGUAUGGUUCAACAAAUGCGCAUGGCAUGCGAUCAAUGUGGAGGAAUUGGAAAAGUUGUUAAUGAUCCAUGUAAUCAUUGUCAUGGUCAAGGUAUAUCACGAGGUCCAAGACAUUAUGAAAUUUAUGUUAAACCUGGUCAACCUAGAGAUUCACCCCAUGUUUUGGAAGGAGAAGGUGAUAAAAAUCCAAAUUGGAUACCUGGUGAUUUGAUUGUGUUGUUAAAGGAAGAAUUGGACAAAAGUUGGGGUUAUAGAAGAAUUGGUAGUCAUUUAUAUCGUACUGAAGCUUUAACUUUGAAUGAAUCUUUAUAUGGAGGAUGGGAAAGAAAAAUUGCAUUUUUGGAUAAUGAAGAACCACAACUCACAUUGUCAAGAGAUCAAGGUAUUCCUGUAUUUGAUGGAGAAGUUGAAAUUGUUUCUGGUAAGGGUAUGCCAAUAGUAACUGAUCAUGAUGAAGAAGAAAGAUUUGGAGAUUUAUUUAUUGAAUAUAAGGUUAUUAUACCUGGUGGUGCUCCAAAGGGAAAAAAUUCAAAUUCAAAAAAAGGUGUAACAAAAGAUGAAUUAUAG